CCGUGCUUCGUGCGCCUUGUUGGCCUAACCAAGCUGUUACGAUUCGUGCACAAUAAUUUCUGUUCGACGGGAUCCGUUUAAUUUUCGGGAUUAAAAUGUCGGAUUCAGAGGCGAGCAAUCUGUCCGACAACGAAAGCGACCGCGGUGGCGGAGGUAGCGAAAGCGAUCAAGAAGAAAACCGCUCCGUAAAAUCUGCAGCUGGCAGCGAUGCUGGCAGCGUCGGGGAAAGAUCACGCAGUGUUUCUCGGAGCAGAAGCCCGUCCAGAUCGCGAUCCAGGAGUGCGUCGAGAUCGCGAUCACGAUCACGAUCGGUGUCUGGUUCUGAGGAUGGUAGAGGAGACGAGGCGGAAGAAGCCAGGUCAGGGGAUGAGGAGCUGGUGGAGCCUGAAGAAGAACCAGAGGGCGAAGACUUGGAUGGAAGCAGCGAAUAUGAUGAGGAAGAGGAGGAAGAAGAUGACGACAGGCCCAGGAAGAAGAAGAAAAAAGACAAGUAUGGUGGUUUCAUCAUAGAUGAAGCUGAAGUAGACGAUGAAGUUGAGGAUGACGACGAAUGGGAAGAGGGUGCUCAAGAGAUUGGUAUCGUGGGGAACGAAGUAGAUGAAUUGGGACCCACUGCAAGAGAAAUUGAAGGAAGACGCAGAGGCACCAAUCUUUGGGAUUCGCAAAAAGAGGAUGAAAUAGAAGAGUAUUUGAGAAAAAAGUAUGCAGACGAGUCUGUGGCCGCUCGUCAUUUUGGGGAUGGUGGGGAGGAAAUGAGCGACGAAAUUACUCAGCAAACAUUGUUGCCAGGUGUUAAGGAUCCAAAUCUUUGGAUGGUGAAAUGCCGUAUUGGGGAGGAGAAAGCCACUGUACUUUUGUUGAUGCGGAAAUUCAUAACUUAUCAAUUUUCAAACGAACCUCUGCAGAUAAAGAGCGUCGUUGCUCCUGAGGGUGUAAAGGGUUACAUUUACAUAGAAGCGUACAAACAGCCGCACGUGAAGGCUGCCAUCGAAAACGUAGGAAACUUGAGAAUGGGUAUUUGGAAGCAACAAAUGGUACCGAUCAAGGAAAUGACCGAUGUGUUACGCGUGGUUAAAGAGCAGACAGGCUUGAAGGCGAAGCAGUGGGUUAGACUAAAGAGAGGCAUUUACAAAGAUGACAUAGCUCAGGUCGAUUACGUUGACUUGGCGCAGAAUCAGGUUCAUUUGAAACUGCUGCCUAGAAUCGAUUACACCAGACCCCGCGGAGCUUUGAGAACAGCGCAAAGUGAAUCCGAAGCCCUGAAACGCAAAAAGAAAAGAAGACCGCCGGCGAAACCGUUCGACCCCGAAGCAAUUCGCGCUAUUGGCGGAGAAGUGACCAGCGACGGUGAUUUCUUGAUUUUCGAGGGAAAUCGAUACAGUAGAAAAGGAUUCCUGUAUAAAAAUUUCACGACGAGCGCGAUUAUCGCGGAGGGCGUGAAACCGACGCUUUCCGAAUUAGAAAGAUUCGAAGAGGCCCCGGAAGGCGUUGAAAUAGAUUUAAGCGGAGGUCCAACGGGGACUUCCAGUAACAGGGAAGACGCGGCGGUGACUCACUCGUUCAGUACCGGGGACAACGUCGAGGUUUGCGAGGGUGAAUUGAUAAACUUGCAAGGGAAGAUCGUUUCGAUAGAUGGAAACAUGAUAAUGGUUAUGCCAAAACACGAAGAACUCAAGGAGGCGUUGGAAUUCCAAGCGUCAGAGUUGCGGAAGUACUUCACGAUGGGCGAUCACGUUAAGGUCGUUGCAGGACGAUACGAAAGCGAUACCGGUCUGAUAGUCCGAGUAGAGCAGAACAGAGUGGUCUUGUUUUCUGAUCUGUCGAUGCACGAGCUCGAAGUCCUCCCGAGGGACUUGCAGCUCUGUUCGGAUAUGGCAACCGGCGUGGAUAGUUUAGGUCAAUUUCAGUGGGGCGAUUUGGUUCAGUUGGACGCGCAAACGGUCGGCGUGAUCGUUCGUCUCGAACGCGAGAAUUUCCACGUGCUUUCCAUGCACGGGAAGGUGAUAGAGGCUAGACCCCAAGGUCUAACGAAACGACGCGAGAACAGAAAUGCAGUGGCGUUAGAUUCUCAACAGAACACCAUACAGAAGAAGGACAUCGUUAAAGUCGUGGACGGGCCACAUGCUGGAAGGGGUGGUGAAAUAAAACAUCUGUACAGAAGCUUCGCGUUUCUGCACUCGCGAAUGUUCGUGGACAACGGUGGUAUAUUCGUCUGCAAAACGAGGCACUUGCAACUGUCUGGUGGAAACAAGGCCAACAUAACCGCCAUGUCGCCGGUGGCAGGAUUCAUGUCGCCAAGGAUCGCCUCGCCGAUGCAUCCUAGCGGAGGCGGUUUUGGAAGGGGUGGAGGUGGAAGAGGCAGGGGCCGCGGAGGAGGAGCUCGCCGCGACAGAGAACUGAUAGGUACCACCAUAAAGAUCACUGGUGGACCUUACAAAGGAAACGUUGGUAUCGUGAAGGACGCCACGGAGACGACUGCUCGCGUAGAACUGCACUCCACGUGCCAAACCAUCUCCGUGGACAGGUCCCACAUCGCAAACGUGGGCGUACCGACAAAGGAUGGCGGUUUCAGCAGUUACAACAGGACACCAGCGUACGGCAUGGGUGGGCAAACACCGAUGUAUGCCAGAGACGGUUCAAAGACGCCUAUGCAUGGUUCCCAGACACCCAUGUACGAAAAUGGUUCCCGUACACCUCAUUAUGGCUCGAUGACGCCAUCCCACGAUGGGUCACGUACUCCAGGACAGUCAGGUGCCUGGGAUCCAGCGGUCACUAAUACCCCCGCAAGGACGAACGAUUUCGACGGCUACAACAUGGAGGAAGGCGGAUCUCCCGGUUACGCACCAGGUUACCCCUCAACUGGUGGACCAUUCACGCCACAAACACCUGGCACGAUGUACGGUUCGGAGCAGAGUUUCAGCUCGUAUCAACCGAGUCCUAGCCCGGCUGGAAGUGCUUCCGCGAGCCCCAGCCCUGCGGGUUACGUUGCUACCCCCUCGCCAAGCGGCACUGGGUACACUACCAGUCCUCACGGAGCAUUCGCUACGCCUUCGCCGAUGGGUUAUAGUCCUAUGACGCCUGGCGUGGCUGGUAGUCCUUACAAUCCACAAACACCAGGUGCUGGUCUAGACGCCAGCGUCGGGUCAGCGAUAGUAGGAGGGACCGAGUGGCACACCACAGACAUCGAGGUUCGAAUUCGUCACUCCCACCAGGAUCCUGCACUUGCCGGGCAACAGGGCGUCAUUCGAGGAAUAUCCGGUGGCAUGUGCGCAGUCUUCCUACCGGUCGAGGAUAGGGUCGUAAAUUUGGUCUGCGAGGAACUGGAACCGGUGGUUCCGUCGCAGGGCGAUCGGGUUAAAGUAAUUAUCGGCGAGGACAGGGAAGCCGUCGGUACAUUACUUUCCAUAGAUAAUCAAGAAGGUGUCGUGAAAAUGAACAAGGACGAGGUGAAGAUGUUGCACUUGCGGUUCUUGUGUAAAAUGAAAGCGCCAAAUACGUAAUUUUUCAUUCCAAGACAGUCCACCGCGCCGAGAACCAGAACUGCGACGACAACUUCAACGACGAUGUCGAGAAUUGUUCGCGCGACGACAAGGUUAUGUUAACCACGACCUUUCUACGUUGUAACCCUUGUUAUGUUCGGGAAAUAUGCACGUUAUGUAAAAUGCAUAUACACCAUUUUAUUGCAAAAAUCAUUUAACUCGUUUUUCUUCUAGUUACUUCAAAGACACAGGCGAUAGCAAUCAUUUGUGAAAAGUCAUGAAACUGAUAAAACGUUUUAUAGAAAAUGUUGGGCUGUUCUCUGCUUAAUGUCGAAUGAGAUUGAAAGAAACAAUACCAUAAUUCGAUCCUUUCCCGAUAAAACUUUUUAAUACAGUAAGUCUUCUGAACGUUUCGAAAUUUGUAGAAAAAAAAAUCAGAAAUUUCAUUUAAUAUGCAAAUGUAUAUCCGUGUACAAAAUAUUUGUGAACACACGAGGACUUGCUUUAUUAGAACGCGAGGCAAUAAUGUGACGAUUUUUCGGUCAAAAGUUUGCAGGACUAUAGUGUAAUUAUUUAUGACGGUUUAUUAAUCUGAACUCAGUCGCAUAACAAACGCGAGAUAAUGACUGGGAAACGAUCAAGAGAUCGGUGUAAAUUUUCCGGAAUUUCGCAAGGAAAAAUCGCAUUCAUCUGGAAUUUACCGAAUAGAGUAUGAGAUCAUGCCUCCCAUGGUUUCUUCUGUUGUUUGCAGCCGCUAUCUUCGUUAACAUAAAAAGGUACGCGAUCGAAAAUGUGACCAGCACCAUAUUAAUUUUACUUACCAAAAAUUAUU